UUCUAGUGUGUCCAUUCCAUAGCAACAAAAUGUCAAAAUAAAAUGCCAAACAAGAACAAUAGUCAAUCAAAUUCAUUCAUUUCGGCCCCACAUCCAAAAUUUUCCAUUCAUUUAUCUUCGUUAGGCAAUAAUAAGUAAAAACAAAAACUAAACUCCAAAAAAGAAAAAAUGGGCUUCUGUUUUCCCUAUCCCAGUUUUCCUUGGUAUUCCUGCUACUACUCAUGUGGUUGUCCUCCUUGCGGUCCUGCAUGUUGUUAUUCGUGCUCCGCUGUCUAUAAAGUACAUUGAACAAUCAAUAGAAAAACACAAAUAAUAUUACAAACGAAAAAAUAACCUGUCCCAAAAAUUAUAUUGCGAAUAAAAAAGCAUGCUGUAAAAUUUAGAUUUAAUAGAAACCCUCAGGGUACUGGGUUAUCCCAAUCUAGUAUCAAUGGAAAGCUUCAGGUCACCUAACUUUCCCCUAGUAGCUGAUUUAUUGAUCUGGCUUUCGAAGAGAUUCGAUCCUGAAACUGAAAUAACGCCUGAUAUUUCAUCUGAAGACGAUCGAGUCAAGCUGAUUCGAAACGUUGCCGAGUUCAUGGCUGUGAAAGCAAAUAUAAGAUUGAAUACAAAAAGACUGUACCAAGCUGACGGUUACGCAAUCAAAGAACUUUUAAAAAUAACCAAAAUUCUCCACGAAGCCCUUUUGAGUAAUCUUGAACAAGAUGACGAUGAUAAUUUGGAUGAAAACGUUUUAGAUUUUAGAGAUUUCGAUGUUUCUGAUAAGGUCAAUGAACUGAAAUUUUCUAGACAAUUAGCUACAGAAAUAACUUCAUCUGGGUCACAUUUAUUCGACUUACUCGGAAAAGAAACGGAUCUAAAGAUUGCCCGACAUAGAAGUAUUGCAAGACAAUUUGAACUAUCGGAAGUCGAAUCAGGUAUAAAGGAAGCCAUUAAAGUCAUAAAUCAAGACAUUUCGGAAACUAAACAGUUAAUUGAAAAUGUUGCUGCUACAGAGGCAAGCUUGGAUUCAAAAAUAGAAAAAAGAAACGUAGAGAUUGGCCGUUACGAAAAAAGAUUGCAAGCACUAAAAAAAGUCAGGCCAGCCUUCUUGGAAGAAUUCACAGCUCUGGAAAAGGAAUUGGAAGAACUUUUUGUCCAAUUUUCAUUGCGAUUGAGAUGUUUAAAUUUACUUGAAAAACAAUUCAACGAUUCCGAAAUAGUGCAAAUGGAAAAACAAAUUGAAAUAGGAGUGCCCCAAAUAACAACUAUUCCACUGGAGAAAAUGGACGAAAGUGACAUAUUUUUGGAAAAGGGUGAUAAUAUGAACAUAGAUAGAAGUGGGGCGGUUAAUAGGCACGAAAGGCAGAAAGCUGCAACUGCCACACGAAAUAAAUUAGAAAAAGAAUCUACCAAAACGCAAGGAAAUAUGCAACCAGCAUUAUUUGGCAGCCAGUCAUCUUUAGAUCUCAGCUCGGAUUCGGACGACUUGUUCUUAGAUAAAGAUGAACCAGAGUUGAUGCAUUCAGACGAAUCGCUGGCUCUGGAACUGUCUACCGUUGACCGAAGAGCUCCAUCUGGAAGGCUACAAAGCAGUAAACUUCAGGAUAGUGAUGACGAUUUUUAAAACGACUUGUAUGGUUUAGUUAUUAAAAUUGUGUAACAAGAAUUGGUUCUUCAUUAACUUGUGUAAUUUUUCAAACUGCUAAAUGACACUUGCAAUAUUUACUAAAAAGAAAUGCUUAUGAAG